ACUUCUUUUCAUUUUUCUUGUUUAUUAUCGCUGCCGUUGUAAAUGUCUCCAUAAAAGUCUUGUAAUUAAGUUUUAAAUAUCCAGUCCGUCUUAGAAACCAAGUAGUUGUGCUCGUUAUAGUGUUAGAUUUGUUGAAUAUUUCAUUGUUACUGUUUUUUUAAAUUUCGAAAAAAUGCCAGUUUUCCACACCAAGACAAUCGAGUCUAUUUUGGACCCCGUUGCACAACAGGUAUCCAAAUUGGUAAUCCUCCAUGAGGAAGCUGAAGAGGGCAUUCCCAUGCCGGACCUGCAACAGCCGGUCCGGUCGGUUAGUAACGCUGUUUCGAACUUGGUUAAGGUCGGUAGAGACACCAUCAACAGUUCUGAUGAUCCGAUCCUUCGACAAGACAUGCCAGCUGCCCUGGUGCGAGUCGAGAGAUCGUCCAAGCUUCUGGAAGAGGCCAGCCAAAUGCUUAAAGAUGACCCCUUUUCGUCACCGGCUAGAAAGAGGUUGAUCGAAGGCAGUGGCGGCAUAUUACAAGCCACGUCCGCUCUGUUGUUGUGUUUUGAUGAAUCCGAAGUAAGGAAAAUCAUCCGUGAGUGCCACAGGGUCCUAGACUAUCUCGCGGUUGCGGAAGUCAUUGAAACUUUGGACGAACUAGUCCAAUUCUUGAGGGACUUGAGCCCUUGUCUUAGUAAAGUGUCCAGGGAAGUCAGCGCUAGGGAGAAGGAACUUACCCAUCAGGUUCAUUCGGAAAUUUUAGUGAGGUGUUUGGAGCAGGUCAAGACUUUGGCGCCUAUUCUGAUCUGUUCGAUGAAAAUCUACAUCCACAUCGUGUCUCAGGGCGGUAAGGGUGCGGAAGAGGCUGCGGAAAACAGAAAUUACCUGGCGCAGAGGAUGACGGAUGAAAUCAACGAAAUUAUAAGGGUGUUGCAGUUGACUAGCUACGACGAAGAACAGUCUGAGUUAGACAAUUUGACAGUGCUGAAGAAAUUGCAGAACGCCAUCGCCAAUAAGAUAAACGCUGCCAAUGACUGGUUACUUGAUCCAAACGCCGUCCGUGGGGGUGUUGGUGAAAAGUCCCUUCGCCAAAUUAUCGAGGCUGCCCAGAAAGUUGCUGAACGAUGUCUUCCGCAAGAUGCCAAUACGAUCAACAAAGUCUGUUCCGAUCUGACAACGAUGACCGAUGCCUUGUGCGAACUGCGCCAAGAAGGCAAAGGUGCAACUCCUCAAGCCGAAUCUUUAGCCAGGGGCAUUAGGGAGAAGUUGGGCGACCUUCAGCAAGCCGUUAUGAGCGCCGUUCUGGCUGUAGAUAAGGCCGGUUUACAGCAAACCGCACAUACUGUCCAAGGAAGGCUAGAUCAGGCACGGAAAUGGUUAUCGAAUCCCGGUCAAGACGACAAAGGGCUAGGUCGUCGAGCUAUCAACGCUAUUGUUGAAGAGGGGAGAAAGGUCGCAGAUGGACUUCCAGGGAUUCAAAAAGCAGAGAUCCUUCAAUUGUGCGACGAAGUAGACUCUCUGUCACGACAACUCGGGGACCUUUGCGCCCAGGGCAAGGGCAACACGCCCCAAGCCCAAGAAAUAGCUAGGAGGCUCUCUCAAAAACUGCAUGAACUGAAAGAGAAGAUCAAUCAGGCCGUAGUCAACCGAGUCGUUGAAGAUUUUAUCGAUAUCGUCUCUCCUCUGAAACAAUUCACAGAGGCGGUGCUGGCACCUGAGGGAACGCCGAAUAGAGACCAGAAUUUCGCCGAUAAAGCGGCACAUCUGCAGCAGUUUUCCACCAGAGCUGUCAAGACGGCAAAAAUGGUAGCUGCCGGUGGAAGCGGUGGCAAUAAAAAAUUAGCCGAGGCUCUUCAGAGUGCAGCAAACCAAGUGGACAGUCUGACGCCUCAGUUAAUAUCUGCGGGAAGCAUCCGUAUGAAUUACCCGUCGUCCAAAGCGGCUGACGAACAUUUCGAGAAUCUCCGCCAGCAAUAUGCGGACACCCUAACCAAGGUUAGAAAUCUGUGUGACGAAGCCACUGACUCGGCAGAUUUUAUCAAAGCUUCUGAGGAACAAAUGAAGAAACACACUUUCUUGUGCGAGGAGGCUAUAAAGAACAAGCAGCCUCAGAAAAUGGUGGAUAAUACCUCUGCCAUCGCCAGGCUGGCCAACCGGGUCCUUCUGGUAGCGAAGCAAGAAAGUGAUAAUUCCGAAGAUCCCAAUUUCAUUGACGAUGUUAACAGAGCGUUCGACUCUUUACAAGGCAGUGUACCGCCGAUGGUACAGGAUGCCAAAGCUGUAGCUGUUAACCCGUCUGAUCAUAAUGCAGUGUCCAGAUGGAGAGAAUCCAAUAAAGCGUUGCUGAACGCCGUCGGCCAAGUCAGGGAUGCCGUACACAUCAGCCCGGAGCACCCGCCUUUACCGAACUUCAAUACUUUGAACUUGGAGCCAACUGCAAACACUUACUUUGUCGAUAAAGUUGGCGAGCCGUUGAGAAAUACACCGACGCCGGGCAGGGAGACGGGGGCACUCAGCCCCAGCCAACACCUGCAAGGGCGCGUCAGCCCCCUGCCGAAGUGGGCCAGAGGCGACAAUUCCGAUUUACUAUGCCAAGAGCUCGCACCUAAUUAUCACGAACAAGAGCAGGCACCCCCUCGACCCCCCUUACCUUUCGACGGAGCCCCCAUGCGACCACCUCCACCACCGGAAACUGACGAUGAAGAUGAGGUGUUCAAAACCGCUCCACUUCCAAGCCAACCUAUUAUGGUUGCUGCGCAUAAUUUGCACAGAGAAGUGAGACAGUGGUCCGCCAAAGACAACGACCUCAUUGCUGCGGCGCAGCGAAUGGCUAAACUCAUGGCGAGUCUGUCAGAGCUUGUCCACAAUGACGAUAAAGGUUCAAAGAGGGAGUUGAUUGCGACGGCUAAGGCUAUCGCCGAUGCUAGCGCGGAUGUAACGCGUAUCGCCAAGCAGCUGGCCAGGGAAUGCACCGAUAAAAGAAUUAGGACCAACUUGUUGCAGGUCUGCGAGAGAAUCCCGACGAUUGCGACGCAAUUGAAGAUUCUCAGCACUGUUAAGGCUACCAUGUUAGGAUCUCAGGGAUCCGAAGAAGACAGAGAAGCGACCGAAAUGCUGGAGGGCAACGCCCAGAACCUGAUGCAGAGCGUGAAGGAAACCGUGAGGGCGGCGGAGAGCGCCAGUGUAAAGAUCCACGCCCAAACUCACGGCAAGUUGAGAUGGGUCAGGAAGCAGCCGUGGUACGCCUAUGCUUAGACGAACGUUUAGACCGACCUUUUGUGUUCAUUGUAAUUGUUAUUUAUUUCUUAUUUCUACUAAAAAAAAAAAUUAGUCUGGGUAGCGCCUGAUAUACUCAAAAAGAUAAAGUUGGAAACAUUGUUUGAAGCGCAGAGAUAUGUAUACGAAACAAAAAUUUUCUGCGUUGGUAACGGUUGUUUUAGUUCGUCAAAUGUCUUUGCAUAACUUUUUAUUUAUUUAUAAGAGAACUGUCCGUUAUAAUCUAUAACUUUCUUGACCUUUUCUUACAAUUUCAAUGUCACAAGGUGAAAGUCGCCGCAUACUUUUAACCAACACCCAGACAGACAAUCCGUAGGCUAAUUAUCUUUAAUAAUUUCGAGACAUUUCGUUCUUCAAUAAUUUUCUAUGUAAAAUAACGUGACUCUAACUUUCCCUGGUAACCCUCGCACGAAAUCCGCUAGGAUACAUAUACAUACAUAUAUAUUUACACUAAGUGAUGUAGAAAUGCCUUGCCCAUAAAUAUAGUUAUUUUUGUAAGCUUAAAAAUAGGUGAAAGAUGUAUUAAAACGAAACAUGUGCAAUAGUGCCAAAUCCUAUUUAGCGUCUUACGUACUUUUUGGAGCAAUAAGUUCAUAUGGCUGAUGUUGUUAAGAGCUUUUAGAUAUUUAUAUUUUACAGAACUAUAUGUCUAUUUCACUCGCUUUUACCCUUUCCUUUUUUUAUUAAUUUUUUUAACUGAUAUAUAUAUAUAUUGGAGUGAAAUUAUGUAACUGAUUCAAUAAAAUGUUUAUAUAUAGAA